GGAAAACUCUGGACGCGACGAUGCAGACCUUGCAGGACAUGCUGACAGUGGAAGAUUUUGAUGUUUCAGAUGCCUUCCAGCAUAGUCGCUCCACUGAGUCGGUCAAAUCCGCUGCCUCGGAGACCUACAUGAGUAAAAUCAACAUUGCCAAGAGGAGAGCCAACCAACAGGAAACUGAAAUGUUCUACUUCACAAAAUUCAAGGAGUAUCUGAACGGCAGCAACCUGAUCACCAAGCUGCAGGCCAAGCAUGACUUGCUGAAGCAGACCCUGGGAGAAG